GAAUCUAUCUUUGCACUCAUUUCAAAAUUGCCUGUACUGAAGGCGGGCCAAAGUUAAGACUCUAUCUCAUUUAGUUUUAGUUACAGGUCCAGGACACUACAGCGCUAUUUGACCAAGCACAUCGUGGUGACCCCAUAUGCAAUGCCAACGUUUUAUGCUUUUAGGUUGCCAUUUGCGAUGCAAACCUGCUCCUUAUCGCCACUUCCAACUGCGCAUGUCAAGUUUGGGCGCGACACUUUAUACUAUUUGUCCCCGCUCAUGUCUGUUAGGCAUGUCUAUGUCAUUGCCUUGUCGAGUGUCAGCUCGUAAAAGGAAUAUGGUGUGCUAUCUUCCAUUCCGCCACUCCAAACCCUCGUUAUAAGGUACCCAUGAUAUCCGUGCCUUGGCCUCGCUCUAUCCUCCCUUCAACCCAUUGCAACAUGGCUCCUCGACUUUCGGAAUUGCAACAAGAUGUUUUCAAAAAAACCUAUGCCCCCCUCCGUAUUACAUCCCUUAAGGAAAGCGAGCUUUCCAAGGAUGUUGUGGGCCAAUUCUUAACGACCGCGGUCUUAGAUAGCAUUGGUCUGUCCGCUGUCUACGGCAAGAAAGGCGUUCUUACCCUCCUUGCCCUCGCCUCCGCCGGGGAUGUCCUAAUCAUUCACCUCUCCGGGAGCCAGCAACAGAGCCGUAAUCAUAGUUUAUCUCCUCGACAACUGUUACAACAUGAAAUAUUAUGCAGCACCCGUCUGUCAAAAAUUGCGUUCGAUUUCGAACGCUUAUCGACAGCAUUAUUCUUGGACUGCAAACUUCUGAUCAAGGAUGGUGUUGAUAUUCAAUCCCUUGUACCCGGAUACCGGAAGACAACUGCCACUCUAUUGGCUUCUUUGGGUGGGGAAACCGUCCUUCACAGAAAAAAUACUCUGCGAGCAUUUGAAGAGCACACAAAAGAUAAGGGAUUGGAGAUGAAGAAUCUCGCCUUGCGGGCUUGGGCUUCCUACAUGGUAUCCACCUUCCCUUCUUUUGCUCUCUCUUUGCGUAGUGCACAACAUAUUGAUACGAAGGUGAUACCCAAGAAGGUACUUGCCGUCCUUGCGAAAUGUGCACGCGAUUACGACCGAUUGUCCGCGCUAAAACCUAUGAAGGUCAAGAACGGCAUUUCGCCUGAUGUAAAGAUCAAGAAUGGCUCUCUUCAACUUCAACAGACGCGUUUCAAAACGCGCAUGCGGAGGGCCAAAGACCAGUUCGUUGUUGUCAAAUGCAAAGCCGAUAAGUCGACUUCAAUUGGACGAGUUUCAACGGCCAAGGGCAAGUCGGCGACUGUCAAUCUUAACCAAUCGCUUCCCCUCCAAGGCCGGGUUUCCGUUUAUACCAUUGGCAAAGAAGACCUAACCAAUGCAGAGGCGGCACGCAUAGAUAUCAUCCUAACUUGUCUACAGCGAACCAAUACGUUUUUCGAGCAACCGUUUGCCGCCUUUAUUUUCCUUCAGGUACCCUUCUCAAAACCGAUCUCAAGCAUCGGCAUGCAGUUGCCUGCUGCAUACUUUCCUGGAACAAGAACGCUCAACCCUUCUCAGCUUUGCGCCGUCAAGCGUAUUCUAUCCAAUGCUAGCUCUGAUCGCGUUUGCCUCAUCCAAGGCCCUCCGGGUACUGGAAAGACGACCGUGAUCGCGGCUUGCGUCCAUAGCUUAAUCGCUAAUCCGGCGUACCGUGGAGAACGGUCCAUUUGGCUGGUUGCACAAUCCAACGUUGCAGUGAAGAAUAUUGCAGAAAAGUUAGUUGAUACCGAUUUCUUCAACUUCAAGCUAUUGGUUUCACUUGAUUUUCAUUUCGGCUGGCACGAGCAUCUUUAUGCUAAGCUUGAAUCAAACGUCGUUCGAACGGACGACAUUUCCGAUCAAUUCCAACAGACGGUCAAACUCUUUGCUGGUUGUCGUGUGAUUCUCAGCACAUUAUCCAUGCUAUCUAACCCUCGUCUGGCCACAGCAGGCGUAUUCCGUCUUGUGCCCAUCGAGACCGUCGUUGUGGACGAAGCAAGUCAAAUCGAAAUUGGCGAUUAUCUGCCGUUGUUGAGUAAGUUCGGGAAAGGUUUGCGGAAGCUAGCAUUCAUUGGUGACGACAAGCAAUUGGCACCGUACGGUCAAGAUGACAUUGGGGAUUUGAAAAGUGUUUUCGAGGUGGAUCAUCUCAAGAAACGCUCCGUUUUCCUGGAUAUUCAAUAUCGGAUGCCUAAACCUAUAGGCGAUUUUCUUUCCCGUCGUGUAUACGAUGGCAAACUGAACUCGCAGCAUACCAUUAGCACGAAAACAUCAUGUCGGCUGGCAGAUAUCAAGCUCAGUCAAGAGCGCAAGUCGGGCACUAGCUGGGAGAACGUUGAAGAAGUGAACGCCGUUAUCAAGAUUGCCCAAAAGUAUGCGUCCGAGGGCAAAUCCUACCGUAUCAUUACUCCUUAUGAUGCCCAACGCAAUGCGAUUGAGAAAGCUCUCGAAGCAUCCGGUGUGCCAUGGGAAGAUAGAUGCUUCAACGUCGACUCAUUCCAAGGAAACGAAGCGGAUCAUAUUAUCAUCUCGGUAGUUCGCUCGCAGAAAGUUGGUUUCCUACAGAACAUACGUCGUUCGAAUGUUAUGUUGUCUCGCUGCAAGAAAAGUAUGACUAUAUGCACGAGUCGCGCGUUUCUUGAGGGUGUGGCGUCGUCAACGCUGCUUGGAAGGUUGGCGAAGGAAUGGGCAGAGUCACGACAGAGCUGGAUCACCUCGAGGGACAUACUCGCGGACAAGUUCUAGCCAUAUCCCCAUCAUCGGUGUCUUUAGCGUAGAUACCUCGGCAGUAUGAAUUUGUAUGACGAAGCAUCUCCCAGAUGAAGAUAGAAUCAGAUAUGCCUUUUC